AUGCUUCAAAACAGCAGUUUGAAACGCCAUAGCGUACCUGUUCAUCAAUGGCGUGAAGACCACGGCUGGCAAAAACACGAUGCGUGUCUUGAAGACCUAUGCACAGAUGGCCCAUCACGUCCACCGCGAGCGAUCUCGAAAGACACGAAAGUUUUCAUAAUAGUAACGAGCGCAGCCCAAAUCCGCGCAUGCCGGCAACUCCAGGACUUGUUGGUAAAUAGCUUUUGCAUGCCGCAUUUAUGGUGGUCCAAUUAUAUCAACAAUGCAAAUGGAUAUUUUGGUUGCGAGACAACUCGUGAUGCAGACAACAUCACCGGUUUCAACACCUGGGCAUACUUCGAAGCCAAGCAUUUGCCCAGUAAUAUGAACUACUACUGGUCAACGAUCAAGGUUUUCACGCGAUGGCUACCCUCGACUAAUCAGACCGGCAUUCUUUUGUUCGACACAUCCGAAGACAUGCUCAAUUCGCUGUUUAAUCCUGACCUGGAUCAGAUCAACGAUCCUUUUUGGGUUUAUGCACGCAUUUUAGAAGAUGUCGCACGUCUGGACGAGAGUACUGUAUGGGAUAUUCGCGAUCAGGUCCGAGGUCUCGAGACAGUAUCUUAUCAAUCGGGUCAAAAGCCAAAGCCUGACUAUCGGCGUUUGCAUGAUAUCGCUCGGCACGCAAUUCAUGUUACCGAGGCCCUUGAAGUGACGGUACAGAAUAUUGACCAGAUUUCCAGACAGCACGAAAUCUUUGUCAACUCUCGGACAGAUCUUCAGGUGGAACCAGCUCACCAAAAGGUUUCUGAGCGGUUAGCUUUCUUUAAAAGCUACAUCGACAGCGCACGACAACGCUCAAUAUCGAAUGAGAAACGACUGCAGAACGAAAUUCAGCUGGCAUUCAAUAUCGUCGCGCAGCAUGACGCAGCCAUUACAGUUGAAAUUAGCCGCGCUGCACGUUCAGACAGCGAAACUAUGAAGACUCUUGCAUUUGUUACCCUCACAUUUCUACCUCCCACCUUCAUCUGCGCACUUUUCAGCAUGUCAUUCUUUCAUUACGACGGUGGCUCCGGUUGGGGUGUCUCAAAACAGAUCUGGAUAUACUGGGUGAUCGCUGUCCCGAUGACUGUUGCAACAGCUCUAGUGUGGAAUCACUGGAACAAGCUCUUCCCGGGUGACUCUGAUGGUCUUCCUCAUAAAGGGGCAGCAAAAUCGUUGCCCGAAUAUAACGAAGGGAGUUUUGUACACGAUUAA